AUGCCAAAGAAUGUUUGGUUUAGCCCGACCUGUGGACCAUGGAGCUCCUGGAACAAUUUGAAUGCUGCCCGAUCAGUCGAAGCCUUUGACCAGAUUCAUCAGCAGAGAGUCCAGCAUUUGUACCAAUUAGCCUUAGGAAUAGUCCUUUGCCGUGUACAGACAUCAAGGGGUCAACACUUCCACUGGGAACAGCCAAGACGAUCACUGAUGUUUCGGACGCCUCUGCUGCGUGAACUGUAUGAUCAGACCAUGAGUGCCACGUUUGACAUGUGCCGUGUCGGACAGCUGAGGGAUCCCGAGAAUCAACUUCUCAUGCAAAAGGGUCUAGAAGUUCGCACAACAUGUCAUGAACUGUAUACACAGUUACAUGGAAGAUACUGUCGUCAUGAUCAUCAGCACCAAGUUUUGGAAGGAACCACCAUCCAUCAAGGUGAACGAAAGAACAGAACAGAAUUUUCGGAACUAUACCCACGGAAGUUUGCCAGGUAUGUUUCAAAGAUCCUUUGCAAGGUCAAGACCGUGCCAUGUCAGAGCUCUCUAACAGCCGAACCGUCCAAUACCUUCGCUGCAUCAACCAAGCGUCAGCAGUCCAACAGUGGCAGCGCCAGAGCCGGUGAUUCUAAGAGAAUCAAAAAUCAUCAUGCAAAACUGAUUGAACCAAGCCAGAUGCCCAGGAAAAGACGCAGAACAUGUAAGUCAACCCCCGAUGAUCAGGGUAAUAGUGAACUCAGUAAAGAUAUAGUGGAGAGCAUCAAGCCAAUCCUUCCGCGUGUGGGCAAAACAGAGAUUCGAGAUCCAGAAAUCAUCCGCAAGCUACAAAAACUGUUUGAUGAUAAAAGGCUGGUUCGCGUCAUAGCAUGCAAAGGCACUGAACGAACCAUUCCUCCUCCACAAGGGUUGCUGGCCGAAGAGGCCCCAUUUCGUCGUGCAAUGGUUGUACAAAGAGGUGAUUACCAGAUUAAAGUAGAAGACCAAUGGGAGGAAUCCGAACAAUUCGAGCCAUCAGAGAGCCCCCAAUCCUCGGUCUUGGAAAGACCAAUGCAAGACUUGGGCACUUCUGCAGAUUCCCGUCCCAGUGCAAGUGACACUGGAUCCGAUGACAAGCCUUUGGGGCCUUUGCCUGAGACAGGAACAACGAUCGAAUUAGACAUCCAGGACAAGUAUCAAGGUCCUCGUCCACCAAAUGAGUUCAUUGCAGAUUCAGCCACGGAGUUCAACAACGAGGCUUUUGGAAAAUUUCUUCAGCAGUUCAACACCAAAGGAAUAAUCAUUCCACCUGAAGCCCAUUGGCAACUGUCAAAGUCAGAAAGACAUGGAGACAUUCUACAACACAUGCUCUCGAAGUUUGAAGAAGACUUUCCAAUUGAAUCCUAUGCUGACCUCCAGGUCUUCAAUUCAGAACCCAAUUGGCAAUGCGUGAAAGUGCUCGCCGUGCGUUCCACUCAGCUGACAACAAUGCUGCCCUCAGAAGAGCAGCACUGCGCCGAGACCGACCCGACAGGGGAAGCUAUCAACCAAGAGCCAGACAUGGAAAAUCCUGCCGAAGAAAAUGUUCAUCAAGCACUGAGAACUGCCCUAGAGACUCCAGUACCGGAGACGGAUGAUGAGCUGCUGUGCGACAUGCUGACAUGUACAGACGCUGAAGUUUUCCUGACCAGUGAACCACAUGAGAACCUUGCCUGGCGUUUCGAAUUGGAUAUGCCCCAAAACAUUCCUGAAGAAAAUACCAUUCCAAUUGAUGACCUUAUACUCCUUGCAACCAACCAAAAGAAACAAAGAACCGAAGUGAAACUCAGCCACUUGACCAUGCAAGAACAAGAGGAAUUCGAAAAGGCCAAAGCAUCAGAAGUCAACAACUGGUUGCAGACAGGAACUGUCAGCAAAGCUCUAAGGUCCAGUCUUUCACCAGAGCAGAUACUCAAGUGCAGAUGGAUACAUGUGUGGAAGCCUAUAGAGGACAAAGCAGAACAAGAAAGACAGAACAAAACGAGAAAAGCAAAGUCCAGAUUGGUAGUAUUGGGAUAUAUGGACCCCGAACUGGAGACAAUCCCCCGGGACAGUCCAACACUAGGUCGUCAGUCCCGUAUGCUCAUACUCCAAUUAAUAGCUUCCAUGAUGUGGACCCUAACCUCCUUUGACAUAAAGGCAGCGUUUUUGCAGGGAAAAACACAGGAAGGACGAAAGAUUGGACUGGAACCCGUCCCAGAGCUGGCCAGAGCAAUGAGACUCAAGGAAAAUGAGAUAUGCCGCCUGGAAAAGUCAGCAUAUGGCCUGAUAGAUGCACCAUUCUUAUGGUUCAAAGAAUUGGACCGCAUUCUCAGGCAACUUUCCUUUGUGCCCUCACCAUUUGAUCCGUGCGUAUACCUAUUGUACAAAGAGAACACCAGGACACCUUCAGGGGUAAUAGGAAUGCACGUUGAUGAUGGACUCUGCGGUGGGGACGAGUAUUUUGAAGAACAACUGGCAAAACUUGAAGCAGUUUUUCCAUUUGGUUCCAAAAAGUCUCAAAACUUUGUCUUUACAGGAAUAGAAAUGACACAGCAACACGACAGAAGCAUCAUCCUUUCACAGGAGAAGUAUGUGACAAAGAUCGAACCAAUCCACAUCAACAAUGAGCGAAAGCAACAACCAGAUCUCCCUAUUAGUGCCGAAGAGAAGUUGGAGCUCAGAGGUAUAAUAGGAUCCUUACAAUACGCCGCAGUGAACACUCGACCAGAUCUUUCCAGCCGUUUGAGCCAUUUGCAAAGCGCAAUCAACACCGCGACAAUAUCCACACUAACUGAAGCAAAUAAAACUCUCCACGAAGCAAAGCGCCACAAAGACACCAAAAUCAAAAUCCAACCAAUUGACAUCAAACAACUCAGAUUCCUUGCAUUUUCAGACGCAUCAUUCUCAUCACCAAAACAGCCGGACUCACACUCAGGAUCCAUUAUCAUGGCCACACACUCGAACAUAACUCAGAACUACACUUGUCCAGUCAACGCAAUCAGCUGGGGCUGUAAAAAGAUACAAAAGGUCGUAGUGAGUACGUUAUCUGCCGAGACGAUGUCACUCAACUCAACACUGGAUCAACUAUCAUGGAUCAGACUAUUCUGGGGAUGGCUUCUCAACCCAACCUUAAAUUGGAAACAACCAAAAGAAACUUUGAAUAACCUUCCCACGACAAUUGCAGCUCCCACUUUGAAACCCAUAGAACCCUCAAUAGCAGUUACAGAUUGUAAAUCCCUUUAUGAUUUAGUAACUCGAACAGCACCACCCAGCUGUCAGGAAUACAGAACCCAGUUGUUGGCACGAUCGAUUAAAGAUCUUCUCAGCGAAGGCAUCACUCUCAGAUGGGUGCACAGCGGUGCCCAAUUGGCUGAUGCACUGACCAAAGUGAUGCAGGCCACCUUUCUUCGACAGACGCUGGAACUGGGAACAUACAAACUCCAUGAUGAAAAUGCCAUUCUCAAAGAUCGUGCGUCAGCUCGAAGUAGGAUGCAGUGGCUCCAUGAGAAUGCAAAUGAGGCAGAGAAGAGAAAACUUUGA